UCCUCUCGGUAUACAUUUUCUACUGCACACAUUGUUUGUUUACUUCAUGCCGCAGAAUAGUUUCAGUUAAAAGUAUUUAAAGUGUUAAAGCUUUUAUUUGUCCUCCCGUCCUUUGACGAUGUGAAGCAGAGUUUUAACAUUUCUCCACCGACUGUUUGGUACAAAGAUAGUUCCUGAUGAUGGAGGAGCAAAGUCAGGACACUGUUGGAGGAGCAGGAGGAGCAGGAGCAGGAGGAGAGUCUGUAAAGGAUGAGGAGGUGGAAAAGGAGAACCUGACAGAGAUGGCAGCUGCAGGCGCAGAUGAGGAAGACGAGGAGGCUCUUCCUCACUCAGAGAUCCUGGAUAUUUUCGAGGAGGGGCUGGCUCGACUUGUGCAGGACCCUUUACUCUGUGAUCUGCCAAUUCAGGUGACUCUGGAGGAGGUAAAUUCUCAGAUUGCUUUGGAGUAUGGUCAAGCGAUGACUGUGAGGGUUUUAAAGGCAGAUGGUGAAAUAAUGCCCAUAGUGGUGGUGCAAAAUGCCACGGUCCUUGAUCUGAAGAAGGCCAUUUGCAGAUUCAUGGAGCUGAAACAACAGCGUGAAGGCGGAGUGAAACAUGUCAGCUGGAGAUAUGUUUGGAGAACUUACCAUAUAGUAUUUCAAGGAGAAAAGCUUGAAGAUGACAAGAUGAGGCUGAAAGACUAUGGGAUCAGGAACAGAGAUGAAGUGACAUUCAUGAAGAGACUCAGGAAAAAGUAAAAUUUCUCAGCCCAGCCCAGCACUGGAUAUGUCAGGAAAAGAAAUACCAGUAACUUCAGCGUGACUUGAAAUAACUUUAAGUGUUCAUGAUUGUAUGAUUUGUUUUUUUGUUUUUUUUCGAGUUUUUAUAUCUCAGCACUGUACAGUAAGGUUGUAUAAUUGUUUGCAAAUAUUAAAAUAUAUUACAGUAUGUUUUUAUGGGCGUUGUUUGUUUUGUGGAGUGCGCA